GUUAAUAAAUCAGUCAUAAUUGAAUGACGAAGCAGACUCGAUGGGCUCAAUGGCCUAAUUCUCUCCUGUCUUUCGCUCAGCAGGCCAGGCCGAACCUGGGGACACAGAAGCGGGGUUAACGGUCCGAAGACCCUCGAUCAGAAGGCAUUCCCUCGAUUCUUCGCCUUUCAUUUCAGAUUUUAAGCAUUUCCGGGGUUAGUUUCAGAAAUUGACAGGCGUUCUAGCUCCGCCCCGCUCUUUAAUAAUCAUGAGGCGACUAUCAGCUGACUGUCUGAAAGUUGCAUUCGUCGGUAGAGCGUUCGAUUUUAUUGAUAGCCAGUGUCCUGACCUUUCCUUUCAUUGACAGUGGGUGUCGAUUUCCAGUCGCUGGAUAACGUAGUGUGUUGUUGUUGUUCUUCUUCCACGGCCUCUCCGACGCCCAGAUUUCUGAUCAAAAGGUCUCCGAAUGGAAGAUGAUGCAGAGGCAGCGUCUGGGAACUGGUUGACCAGCUGGCUACCUGCCUGGUGCCCGACGUCCAUGACUCACCUACGAGAGGCUGAGGCGCGGAUCCUGCAAGGCCUGAAGAGCCCCCCCGAGUGCCGCUAUGUGAAGUUGCCAAGCUCCCACCAGAUCUGGACUCUGUCACUGGAUCGAGUUUCAGGUGCGGCGGGGGAGCAAACGCCACUGGUGCUGGUCCACGGUUUCGGGGGCGGUCUCGGCCUCUGGAUCCAGAACCUGGAGCGGCUGAGCUGCCGGCGCCGGCUGUUCGCGUUCGACCUGCUGGGCUUCGGCCGCAGCUCCCGUCCCAGCUUCCCGGUUGAGCCCGAGGCAGUGGAGGCUGAGUUUGUGCGCUCCAUCGAGGAGUGGAGGCAGCAGCUGGGCCUGCCCGCCAUGAUCCUGCUCGGGCACAGUCUAGGUGGCUACCUGGCAGCCAGCUACUGCAUCCAGCACCCCGACAGAGUGAAGCACCUGGUCCUGGUGGAUCCGUGGGGAUUCCCCGAGCGGCCGACCGACCAGUCAGAGGUUUGGAAGCCACCUGUCUGGGUGAAGGCGCUGGCUGCAGUCCUGGGACGCUUCAACUUCCUGGCCAUCCUGCGGGCUGCAGGUCCCUGGGGACCGUCCCUAGUCCAGAGGUUCCGUCCGGACCUGAAGAUGAAAUAUGCAGACAUGUUCCAGGAUGACUCCAUCCUGGAGUACGUGUAUCACUGCAACGCACAGACCCCCAGUGGGGAAGCGGCCUUCAAGGUUCUUUCAGAAGCGUUUGGCUGGGCCAAGCGGCCGAUGAUCGGGAGGAUUCACCUGAUCCCGAAGGACAUUCCCAUCACGAUGAUCUACGGCGCCAGGUCCUGGAUCGAUUCCAGCAGUGGGGAGCAGGUCAAGGUGCAAAGGCCAGACUCCUACGUCAGGACCAUGUCCAUCGAAGGAGCAUCACACCAUGUCUAUUCCGAUCAACCGCAGGAAUUCAAUGCAGUGGUCGCCGAGAUCUGUGACUCAGUAUCUGAGACACCGUCCACCCCAUCCCAAGCCUCACCUUCCCCUACCUCAUCCCCAUCCCCCCCUCCAACCCAUCCAUCAGUCACUGGUGAGCUCAUAACAAAGUGAGUCCUUGUGUCCCCUCCCUCUUCCACCCCUCCUUCCAUGAGUUACUAUGAACCUUCACCUUGGGGAUACUGACAGAGGCCUCUGGCCCAGCUAGGCUGCUGCUAGCCCAUCCAAUCUGCCAAUUAUGCCCCUCCCAGCCCCUCUGAAUAGAACUGGGAGGGGGUUGGGGCAUCAGAACCUUGCCCUCUCCCAUUUCUCAUUCCCCUGUCCCUCCUGCCUCCUUUCCCUUCUGCACACCUUAGCCCUCUCCCACAUCCUCCUAUUCACCUUUCCUUUCUCCUUUUGCUCUCCCUCCCCUCUUUCAGGGUGUUGGGGCUUAUUCCAGCCACUUCCCUGCCUCCCCUAUCCCAGCCUGUGGUGGAAAUCAGCCCCUCUGGUUGGAAGUCACCUCCCCAGUAGCACCCAAGUCCUCUCACGUUUCUCUCACCAGCACUCCAGAGACGGCCACCCACCGUCCCAGAUGGAUGGUUUGGGUGGCCCACGGGAUUGGAGGUGCGCCGAUCGAUUCUAUGGCCACAACCAAGGGAUUGCUGUAUGGACCGAGUUAUGGGGGUUGAGACCAGGCUGAGGAUUGUUAAGGCCGGAUAUCUGUUCCUUGACCAUACACCCCCCCCCCCACCCAUCUGGCUCAAGCUCUUCUAAUGCUCACCCAACCCCAUUCCCAGCCCUCUGCACCGGACAUUCCUUCUCUACGAGUGUUAUUUUGAACUGAGACAGAAUCUGUCAGUGAAUGACAUGACUCUGAAGCUGACACUACUGCCCGAUGAGUCUGUGCGGAUAUUUGCACUAAUCUACCCUCCUGGCCAAAUCCAGGCUCCCAACUGCCCCACCAAUUUGCCUCUCCCCAGAUUCUACUCCCCUUCCCGCCGUCUAUUGAGGAUUUACAGUGGCAGAUGAACUCUAACUCCCCUCUGCCGCAGCAGACUGGGACGCGAGUGGAGUCCCAUGGAGAGAGCAUGCAAACUCCACACCACAGUACCAGAACUCGGAAUGGAACUGGGUUUCCUCUGGGAAUUGGGGUGAGUUGCAGUGAAAAGCAGUGUUGGAUCUCCCUGGACAGAUGGUGAUAGGGCAUGUGGCGGAUGGCCAGUGCAUAGACUAAAUCAGCCCAUUCUACACACACCGCCCCAUUCCCCGCUGUACCGGGACGGAUUACAACCGUGGUGGAAGGGGCGCGAGGGAGAUUAUUUUCACCUGUUUCUGGUCUCUGUGGGGAAGACGAGCAGUGAUUUAAAUCUGAAGGCUGACGCACUGAAGAAGACUAGUGAAGACAACACAGGCUGCCGGAACAAGAUCCCCAUGCCGGCUGAGUUCAGCAACGGAUUACUUACUCUCCGCCCGUCCCGCUCCUCAUUGGAGACCCCUGUGCUGUAAAUCUCGUGAUAACGAUGUAUGUUUUGCCAGGAGUGGUUUCGGGGUGUACGUGGCCUAUCCAUCUCCCCCUCCCCCCAAAGACUAACAGGUUGCUCUCUCGUACUAGAGUGGGUGUACAGCGUCUCUUCUCCAGACCGUUCACAGUAACCUCUACUAGCCUUCCAUUCAUCUAUUUAUAACAAUAAAGUAGUUUCGUUUUGAGGAGUCGUCUUGUUUUUGUGGUAAAAUCGUCUCCCCUUUACCCCACUCACACGCAUAAGAAAACUACCGCUUGAUUUCAGUGGCCAGUGCAAAUGGAAAACGUGGAGGGAGGGAGGGGUGGGAAGAUGAGCAGAUCAGAAUCAAGUUCAUGAUCAUUGAUGUACACUCAGUGCCCACUUUAUUAGGUGCAUCUGCUCGUCAAUGCAAAUAUCUGGGUUCGCCAAUCACGUGGCUGCAACUCAAUGCACAAAAGCACAUCGACAUAGUCAAGAGGUUCAGUUCUUAUAUGGACCAAACAGCAGAAUGGGGAAGAAAUGAGGCCUUGGAAUUAUUGCUGGUGCCAGAGAGGGUGAUUAGAGUAUCUCAGAAACUACAGAUCGCUUGGGGUUUGCACAUACAAUGGUCUCGAGAGUGAUGAGAAAAGAAAAUAAACCAGUGAGCAGCCAUUUCUGUGGGUGAAAAUGCCUUGUUAAUGAGAGGUCAGAGAAUGGCCAGCCUGGUUCAAGCUGACAUGCAGGCCAUAGUCACUCAAGUAACCACACGUUACAACAGCGGUGUGCAAAAGAGCAUCUCUGAACGCACAACACAUCAAACAUUCAAGUGGAUGGACUACAGCAGAAGACCGAAAACAUAUCUAGCUAACAAAAUGGCCACUGAGUGCAGGUCAUGAAAUCUGUGACUUUGUGGCUGCAGUGCAAAAUAAAAAGUGAGGUAGCAUCAAGGACCAUACAGAAAUAUGGUGAAGGGAAAGGUAUUGUUCCUAAAAUGCUGAGUGUGGGUCUUCAGGCUCCUAUACCUCCACAGUACUCCAAAGGUGCUACCGAACAGUAGGCAUGUCCUGGGUGAUGAGGGUGCUUAGUGAUGGAUGCCACCUUCUGGAGACACCAUCCUCGAUGGUGGGAAGCAUUAUCGCUGGCUGAGUCUGCAGCCUCUUCUGGUCCUGCACAUUGGAUCCAGGUGAGGGGGGAGAUGAUAGGGAAAUGGAACCAGGUGAGCCCUGAGUGAAAGUUGAAAUGGGAGUCCGGAGGUGAUGGUGGAACCAGGUAAGGGAUGGAUGAUGAACAGGUGGAACUUAGAGGGAAAGGGGCAGAGCCUGGCUGGAUGACAAUAAGGUUAAACUACUAAGGGAGGUAUGAUGAACAGAUGUCAACAGUGGUGAGGCAGGUGAGUCUUUGUAACGAUGGGUGGGGGGGGGGAGAGAGAAGAGAGAAUGUGAGCAAAGGCUCAAGGUGGGAGACAUAAAGUGAUUGUGAAGAAAAAUUCAAAAAACAAGUAAUUGUCUGCUCCCUUUGUGACAGUGUUCCCUAGACACUCCAACUUCAGAGAACGUAUCCCUCAAACCAUCUUCACUCUCCAUAACGGUCCACACUCCCCAUUCACCAUAACUCAACAUUGAGGAGCAGGUGUACACAGAACUUGCUCAUAGUUGUAAGAGUAAUCACUGGGAGAGUUUAAUUUAAUCAUUAUUGACUGGGCCACCCAUUGCAUUAAAGGCUUGGAUGGGGUGGAAUUUUUAAAAAUAUGACCAGGAAAGUUUCCUGAGUUAAUAUAUAGGAAAGCAGGUGUGGAGGGUGGAAUACUGGGCUUUCUCUUAGGGAAUAAGGUAGGGCAAGUAGAUGAAGUGGCAUUCAGGGAGAACUUUGGUUCUAGUGACUAUAGUUAUAUUAGUUCUUAAUAUUGUGGGAUGAAGGACAGGUCCAUCGGUUAGGGUCUUAAAACAAGAGCAGGGCUAAUUUUGGGACAAGUAGUCAGCAAAUAGCAGAGGGCAGUUGGGUAAUCCUAUUUGAAGGGAAAGAGACGAUUGGCAACAUUAGAAGGUGUCUAAUGUUGCCCCAUUGUUCAGGAAGGGUAACAAAGCCAAGCCAGAAAAAUACAGGAUAGUCAGCCUGAUAUCAGUAGUGGUGAAGUUACUGGAAAGAAUUCUAUGAGACAGUAUCAAGCAGCAUUUGGCUAGGACCCUGAUCAGGAGUCAGCUUCGUGUUUGAUGAACUUCUGGUUUUUUUGAAGAGGUUAAAGAGGGGUCGGAGUAAUAGAUGUUGUCUAUUUGGACUUUAACAAAGCCUUUGAUAAGUUUCAGACAUAAAACAGGAUGGGCUUUUUAACCCGCAAUGUGCCAGCCUGUAUACACCUACUCCGUGAUCAAUGUCACACUUCCCACCUACACAGACCAUUAUCCUCCAUUUUUCUUACAUCUCUAAGUGUCUCUGUUGUAUCCACCUAUGCCACCACACCCGUGUUCCAGACACCUCAAGCAAAUUUUCCUCCACUCACAAAUGAUGUUAUCUGGCAUUGUCCAUCAUCACCCUUGGAUAAAGGUGUUGGCUGUCUGUUCUGCCCAUGCCUCUCAUAAUCUUACUUAUCUCUAUCAAGUCCUCUGGCAUCUUCCAUUGCUCCAAAGAGAAAAAGGCCCAUUUUGCUCAACCUUUCUUCUUGCUCCAGUGUUUCCUUGGCCCUAGGUUACUAACCUCUCACCCCCAUCUAGUUCAGGACUUCCACAUCUGGAUUCAUUGCUGUUAACAGCUUCCACAUCACAGUGCCAUUCUUCUAAACUCCAGCAGUUGCCCAACCUUGCCCAGUGUCUCUGUACUGAACAACUCCAUCUUCUGCAGUGAAUCAUUCAAACACAGAUAGUCGACGAUGUCUUUUACCCAGGGUACAGUAAACCAAAACACAGGCACAUAGUGAGAGGAGAAAGGUUUAAAAUGGAUCCUUUUCAGUCAAAGUGUGGUGAGUAUAUGGAAUGAACUGCCAGAGGAAGUUCUUGUCCUCCUUUCUACCCACCCACAGACAGUCCUGCAACCCCAGUACAGGCCAGCUCUGGAGCCUCCAGCGGACUCGCGGAUAGCGGCCUCCAAUGUCCCCAGUGGAUUUGCAGCCAGACUUGCCAACUUCAGUCUGCAAUUUUCAGUAUCGAUCCCAAACACUAAAGCUUGAAUUGGACACGCUGAAUACAAGAACCGAACUCCGGACUCAAUGACUCACAGACCUACAAGGUUACCGGUCCUCAUACCUUAUGCCCGCAUGGACCUCCGAUCCCAGUACCCACUGACUGUGUGUGUGUGUGUGGUGGGGGGGGGGGAUGAGAGAAACAGACUCCCUGACCUGGACAGCCAUCAGCCCUUGUCCUUGGUGAUCUUCCUCCACAGUGCUUACAGUUCCCACAUUCAGCCAUGGCAUGUGAAUGUGGACUGGAUCACUGCCCCGCCCCAUCUUAGAAGGACAUGGGCGGAAUGCAGUAAUUGGGACGAGAUGGGUAGGCACUGUGGUCUGCACAGGCUGGUCGGGCCAGAGGGCAUGUGUUGCUCUAUAACUCUGAGACAUCCCACAUUCAGUAACUGUCUGUCCCUGAGACACACACCCCCAGCUCCAUCGCUGAAACACAAGUUCCCAGACUCUGUAAAUAAACCCAUGUGGACUGCAAUUUCUUUCCUGAAUAUCCCGUGCAAAAGCACAGCCCUAUAAGGAACAUGAACCUGCCCUGAAAAUGGUUUCACAAGUUGACAAAACAAUGAGACAGCUGGGAAAACAUACUGCCGACAACUCCUCACACUGCAUUCAUCGUAGAG